AUGAAAGUUCUUUCGUAUUUUGGGCUUCGCUCGCGAGCUGAUCACUUGAGCUCGUGCUAAGAAAUGGAUCAACAAAAAAACUUCGAAAAGUCAUCUAACGUAAACUCACAAAACGCAUCCCAAACUCAAAAUGAUUGGAUGAGCUAUUCAUACAACAGAAGUAGCGCUUACAGCUCACCAGAAAAAUCGACCAGCAGUUUUUCAUCGCAUCAAACAUCACCAUCAACGGCAUGGAAUGGAUCAUCGUCAUCAUCAUCUGAAUCGUCAUGGAGCUCCAACGACAUGCAUGGUAUGUCUCGUUGGCCAAGUUCAGCAUCGGUCAGUUCGAUGAGCUCGAUGAAAAGCUCAAAAACCUAUUGGUCGGAUACAUCAUCAUCAAUGCGAUCAAACAGCAUCCCGUCUGCACCAAGCAGUUCACGAUCAAAUAGCUUCGAUGAGCGAACGAAACGCCAAUUCUACGCGUCACAUUCCAUUUUUAUCAACAAUUUGCGUUCAGACAGCUCGGACGACUCAUUCAGUUCGGAGUUCGAUCAGUUUUAUGUGAACAAAAAAUGAUUUGUUUUCAUCAACAUGAAAUUUGCAUGUGUAAUUUCGAUCAAAUUGAA